AUGGAGCCUGCUGCAUUGAGAAGUGGAUUCAAUGAUCAUAUUUCAGUCGAUUCUAACGGGGGAUUUGAUUGUCCAAAAAAUAAGCAACCAUUCAUAAUCGGAGUUGCAGGAGGAACGGCAUCUGGCAAAACGACAGUUUGCAACCAGAUCAUUUCACAGCUUCACGAUCAACGUGUUGUUCUUGUUAAUCAAGAUUCGUUUUAUCGCUCACUCAACGAUGAUCAAUUAGUGAACGUUCACGAAUACAAUUUCGAUCAUCCUGCUGCUUUUAAUACUGAGCUUUUGCUUUCAUGUAUGGAGAAAUUAAGACGGGGACAUCCAGUUAACAUUCCUAGCUAUGAUUUCAAGAGUCAUAAAAGUAUUGAACCGUCACGUCUGGUUAAUCCAGCGGAUGUUAUCAUUUUAGAAGGAAUUCUCGUUCUCCAUGAUUUCCACGUUCGCAAUCUUAUGAACAUGAAGAUCUUUGUUGAUAUAGAUUCCGAUGUGCGGCUUGCAAGAAGAAUUCAAAGGGAUACAGUGGAAAGAGGAAGGAACAUUCAGAAUGUUCUCGAUCAAUACUCGAGAUUUGUAAAACCAAGUUUCGAAGAAUUCAUACUACCAUCGAAGAAGUUUGCAGACAUAAUCAUCCCUAGAGGAGGAGAUAAUGAUGUCGCCAUUGAUUUAAUAGUACAACAUAUUCUUACCAAGCUUGGCCAGCAUGAUCUAUGCAAAAUAUAUCCAAAUAUCAAUGUUAUAUUUUCAACAUUUCAGAUUCGGGGAAUGCACACCCUUGUCCGUGAUGUCAAAACAACAAAGCAUGACUUUGUAUUCUAUUCAGAUCGAUUGAUUCGCUUGGUUGUGGAGCAUGGUCUCGGGCACCUUCCUUUCACCGAGAAACAGAUUAUUACUCCGACAGGUUCUGUGUAUUCUGGAGUUGUGUUCUGUAAAAGGUUAUGUGGGGUCUCCGUUAUUAGAAGUGGAGAAAGCAUGGAGAAUGCACUAAGAGCAUGCUGCAAGGGAAUCAAAAUUGGUAAAAUUCUCAUCCAUGGAGAUGGAAAAAAUGGGCGGCAGUUAAUUUAUGAGAAGCUACCAGCAGACAUCUCAAGCCGCCAUGUGUUGUUACUAGAUCCUGUUCUAGCUUCAGGAAAUUCGGCAAUCAAGGCUAUAUCUCUGCUUCUUAGUAAAGGCGUCCCAGAAACCAGCAUCAUCUUUCUUAAUCUUAUAUCAGCACCGGAAGGAAUUCAUGCAGUGUGUAGGAAAUUCCCAAAGCUAAAAAUAGUGACAUCCGAGAUAGAUUCAUCGCUAGAUAAGAAUUACGGGGUGAUUCCAGGCAUGGGGGAGUUCGGGGAUCGCUAUUUUGGCACCGAUUAAUUAUUUUGGUGAUCCAGUCUACACACCCAAACAAACCUUUAAGAUAUUGACUCACCUUAGCUAGUUUUUGCUCAAAUCGUCUCAAUUCUGUAAAUAUUCCUUCUGCCUGCAGAGUACAAGAAUUCUUGUGAAACAACAAAUAAUCCUUGCAAGUACAAUUAUUCAAACUUGCAUCUUUCAACACAUUCUAUCGCGAGUGUUUUUUUUACUCAACACGAAUUAACAAUAUGUCAAAAUUCAAUUUAUUACACUUUUCAAAUCCUAGUAUUUCCUCCCUUUCUAUGGUUUUGAGUUUUCUUGCUCAUUUUUCUUCCUUCCCUCCAUUGUUCUUGAUUCCUUUCUCGAGGUUUUCUCCUUGUUUCUCUAAUUUUUGCUUCCUCAAAGCUAUUUCUCAAGGAUUUCGGCCGUUGAUUUUAGAGCACAUGAAGCAAGAGGGACCAGGAGUUCAGGGCCACCCACUACAGAUUUGAUUUGUUGUUUUAGAUUAUGGCUGUUCUUUAGAUGUUUGUAACUAUAGACGAUGUGUUUACAUUUCUUUCUUUUCUUUCUUUUUUUGUUGUUUUGUGUCCUUGGAAAUUUUUUUUCCUAACCGUCAUAUUCAAACAUUAUAUUAACCGAUGACUGAGUCGAGGUCAAAAUAAGACCUUAAUUUUAGAUCCUUACAUUGAGUUGAGAAUCUUUAUUUCAUACGGUUUUUCUUGUA